AUGAAUUCAUCAACAGAACCAAGUGAAAUGUUUUUUAUUAUUGUUUUUUCAUUCACUGGUAUAUUAAUUUUAAUUGGUACAGUUAUAUCACUAAUUAUUAUUAUAUGUGUUAGCAUGAACAAUACACUUCAAUCUGUUUCUACUCUUCUAUCUUGCAAUUCAUGUGCUUUAGGUUUAUUCUAUUUUAUAUUUCAUACAUUUUAUAUUAUUUUGGCAUUUUAUCCAUUACCUACUUAUCGACAAAAUUCUAUUUUAUGUCAAACUAUUGGCUAUUUGUAUUCAGUAACAUGUUGUGGUAUUAGCUGGUCUCAUGCGAUUCUUGCAAGUAAUCGUCUUUGUUAUUCACUUUUUUCACAAUAUCGAUGGUUACUUACAUAUACAUUUGCAUGGUGUCUUAUUGCUAUUCAUUGGAUUUUAACAUUUACUUUACCAUUUCCAUUUAUAUUCUUUGAUGCAUAUCAAUAUCAACAUGAAUCACGUAUAUGUAUUCUUACUACAAAAAAAACAAGUACAUCACUUAUGGGUGUUAUUCUCUUUUAUAAUAUACCUUUUACCGUUACCAUUAUUGUAUACAUUCUUGUAUGGUGUCAUGCACGUCGAUCAAAUAAUACAAGACUUGCACGUAAUGCACGUAAUUUAGCUAUCAUGCGUCAUAUUCUUACACUGGUAAUAAUCGAUACAAUUUGUGGACAUCCAUAUAUAACACUUAUUCUACUUGAUUAUCUUGGUAAAGCUACUAAAGAAUGGUAUUUAUUCGUUUCAUUUUUUAUAACACUUAGUGUUACUGCUAAUAUGUGUGCAAUAUUUAUAUUUAAUCGCAAGUUACGUAAAAUGUUAUGUUCAAAAUGGAUCGACUGGCGUGGAUCACCAUCAAACACUAGUACGACAGGAUCAGCUAUGAUUCCCAUGCGUAUUUCAACAUAUAUUGUUAUGAGUGGUAAUAUAAUGGCCGGUAUAUCAAAGAGUCCAGUUAUCUACCAUACUUCUGCUAAUGAAAAAUGA